AUGGGCCCCCAAUCAGCAGUCCUACUUACCGUUGUCAAAGCUCUCUACGUAAUCGAUAACUUAACAUGGGUUUCCUUGUCGGUUAUACCGAACGAAUACUCCACUUCAGAUUUUUAUAACCUCCCAAUCGAGUCAGCCAACGCUAGAACCGAUUCGAAUAAUAUCGUGACGAAUAUAAACUCAGCCACAACCGCAACAAAUGAAAAUCAUAACAUAAUAAAAAUACCCCCGGACAAUUAUACCGACUAUUUAAAAACCGACGAUUUUUUCCAGAACAUUCCAUACAGUUCAAUCGAAUCGAGUCUGUUUAACCGGUACGACACUGAUAACUACAACAACAACAACAAUAAUUUUAGCCAUAAUAAUAUAGAAGAUGUCAUUUUAGACGAGAAUAAACCUGCAAUUAUAAGAUGCACAAUCAGAGGCGGUCACCCAGAGGUCAAGACUGUAAUAUUUUUGGACGAUUUAAACUUAACUCGGUAUUUCAACGUAUCGAGUCGAGUCAAGUUAGUCGGUAUUAGCGGCUUUAAGAGAUUCGAUAUGGAAACGGUUCUUGCUACUAAUAAGUUUUUCACAUUUUCCUAUAAAUUUCACGGGAGGAUAUUGAGAUGUUUAGCUGCUUCUGGAGGUAGGCACCAGCACAUGUGGGCGGGAGUGAGACUGCGUGUUAACCACAAACCAAUCGUGAACUGUGUCAAUGAGACAGCCGAACUCUACCAGCGAGAUGUCUGGCUGAGGUGCCAAAUUAUUUCCAACUCAGCCAACACGACACCGUCCAUUGUCUGGGGCGAGGGCACGCAGAUAAAAGAUUUUGGAGUCUUUGAUGCAUCCCUGAGGAUAAAAAUAGCCACUCCCAACUCAUUCCGUGUCUACUCCGUGACAGCGGUGAAUAAUUUGGGAACGACCGUUGGGAAUGUUUGCUUGAUGCAGUCAAAAGUUACGAAAACAGGUGCAGACAUUCAAUCACAGCAGAAACAAAUUUCACAAACAAGGAGCUGGAAUGGAUUCAAGUUAAACAUUUUUUCAAACACCGACGACGACGAUGACCCAUUCCUCUCCUCCCUAAAACAACUCGUAAAAAGAUUGGAAAUACAAUUCGUAAAACGCCGAAAACUCUACACUGGUACGGUAGUCGAAAGAAAUAUCUUUCCGACGGUUUACGCCUCAAACAAUGUACUGGGGGUUAAUAGUAGUAGAGAUGAAUUCCAACAACUAGGGAAUAAAUCCGGCAGUGCUGCUGUUGAAUUGCUUGAAAACGAAAAUAAUCCUAAAAUGACGGAAAGUGAUAAAAAAUUAGGAGCAGCAGAUAUCCUAAACAUCGCGGAGGGCAUUGUCAAUUCUGGAAAUCUCAAUAAAAAAAGGUUUUUGGUUUUUGCGUUCUCAUCAGCGUUCGGUGGCAGAGUGGCCAGUGAAAAGUUCAUAGCCAAGCAUCAGCACAAAACUUUUGCCACUAGAUUCAGUGCUGUUAGGACUCACAAUGACGCCACGUUGUUUGGAGCCUUGAGAUUCGGAAUGCAUUUGGGUGUUAAGGCUGGCAUAUUUGCCUGCUUAUAUAUGUUAUCUUCUCAAGCAAUUUCAGCUUACAGAAAUAAAUCAACACUCUGGGAAUAUGUUGGAGCUGGAGGGCUGACGUGCAGCUUCUUAAGGGCGGGCCACGGAUGGCGGGGCAUGGUGGUCGGCGGAUUUUUCGGACUGGGAUUCGGAUUGUUUGGCGGUGCGUGUGUGCUCGGCCUCUUCAAGUUCAUGAAUUACACUCAAGAGGAAAGGCACUAUCGAUUUGUUCUCGACAAGUGCAAAGAAAUAAGACCCUGGAGAAUUAGAGGGGGCAAGAGGGAAGGCCAUUUGGCACGGGCCUUCGAAUUUGAGACAGACAUACAUUAA